CGUCAAGCUGUUAAUAAUCGCUACGAUUGGAGUAUGCCAUCGCCUUGCUAUAACCCUUGACAUUGGUGGAUGGAACUGUCAUGUCUUCGAUAGUUCUGGGCUCCGAAAUGUGCUAAGUGCCACAGAUAGACAGGAAUGUUCCAUUCAUUCCGCUCAUAGUCAAAAAGAUACAAGCCAAACCAUGCUCCCAGUUAGGCCGAUGCAGUCACGGCUAUAAAGUGGCAGCUACUCUGCUUUCUUUGAGCAUGAUUGUGCUAAAAUAACUCGUCGGUUUUCUAAGGAUGAUAAGUUUGUUUUCGUCAUUCGUGACUUCGCAGAACGAUGGGGAUUCCUCAGCCUGAUGUCGGGCGACAUGUGGAGGGCAAAUUCGGGAUGUGGACAUAAACUGUGAAGCUUGCGAUAGCUUCUAGAUAUAUCACGGUCACACACUCACGAUGCACAUCUCUACAAAACGAUCAUCACAGACCAUUGCAGACUAGUUGACUCAAAAUGACCUCCGAUUACAGUCACCAUUUCUCAAUCAAGAACCUCCCAUACGGCGUCGCCUCGUCUACGACUCGAAUUGGCCCGCAAUGCGCAACUCGGCUUAACAACACCGUUGUCUUUCUGGAUAGUCUCCAAGAAAACGGGGUGUUUAACUCAGUCACCGGACUCCCAUCUGGCAUAUUUAAAUCAACAACCUUGAAUGACUUCGCCGCUCUUCCCAAGACGCUGCAUACCCAAGUCCGCGAAGCCCUACAACUUGCGCUACAGAAUGGCGUAGAGAAUCUACCGGCAGGAAGCACUGCGGAUAUCAGCGAAGUCCAGAUGCAUCUUCCUGUCUCCAUUCCAGCUUACACCGAUUUCUGUUGCAGCAAGCAGCACAAUAUCAACGCCGGUCGAGCGAUUCUCGGCCAUGAGAGCCUGCCGCCGAGCUUUUACCACACUCCUAUUGCUUACAACGGACGUGCCAGCACAAUCGUAGUCUCGGGCACUCCGGUACACAGGCCGCGAGGCCACUUUGUCGACCGGACUUUAACAAGCCACAAGGAAGUCAUUUAUGCGCCCACACGGGCUCUAGACUACGAGCUCGAGCUUGGGGUCGUAAUUGGAGCUCCUCUGCCGUUAGGUCAGGGGCUUAAUGCCAAGGAUGCAGACGCACAUAUCUUCGGACUGGUGCUGUUGAAUGACUGGAGCGCACGCGACAUCCAGAGCCUAGAAAUGAUCCCGCUAGGCCCCUUGAACGGAAAGAACUUCGCAACGACAAUCUCGCCCUGGAUCGUCACACUUGAGGCUCUGAAUUCGUUCCGGGCAGAGGAGCCUGAGCCGCAGAGCUCUUCCAUCCCGCCGUAUCUACAGGACUGGGGUGCUUUCAACUAUGAUAUCCAGCUGAAGGUCGAACUGGAGACCUCGGGAGGAAAGACGGUGUUAGGAGAGACGAAUGCGAAGGAGCUGUACUGGAGUCUUCGACAGAUGUGCACGCAUCUGACGAGUACUGGAUGCAACUUGCAUACCGGCGAGAUCUUGGGAACAGGCACGGUUAGUGGGUCCACUGAGGGGUCCUAUGGCUGUCUCUUGGAGGUGACGCAGGGAGGGAAGGUGAAGGCUUCGUUAGCCGGUAACGGUGAGCGAGUGUACCUGGUCGACGGGGAUGUGGUGACUAUGUCGGCUUUGGCGGGUGAGGGUGUAGGGUUCGGCGAGUGUAGUGGGCAGGUGCUGCCUGCGAAAGAUCUGUAG